AUGGAAGCUUUGUGGGAUUUGGAAGACAAACUGAAGGUUUCAACACUAGGUGCUGUUCUUCUACUUGCAUGUGCAAGCUUUGCUCUUGUGUGUCUUUGCAUUGUGGUUAUACUCAGAAGGAAGGUCAUGAACAAUAAGAUUGUGCACCAAGAGGGUGUUUUAGAUGAUGAGAAUGAAAAUGAUGGCACAACUACUAAUACUAAUACUAUUGUUACUGUUACUGCUACCCCUACAGAAUGGUCAGAACCAAGUUGUGUAGGGUGGAUUUCAGUGAAGAGGGUCUUGAUGGGGUCAAUGUUGUGGAGCAAGGCAAGCAAAUUGGAGGAGAACAUUGCAUGGCAGAGAGAAAGGGGAUCUCCAUUACUUGGCUUACAAAGGCAGGGUCUUGAAAGUGGGUGGCAAAGCCAUAACUCUGAAUCUCCAGUGUGGCAAAGACCAAUACUAAGAGGGGAGAAGUGUGAGUUGCCAAGGUUUAGUGGUCUCAUUCUCUAUGACGAAAAAGGAAGACUUCUUCGAGAUUCUUCAGAGAAUGAAACUCACCAUUUCAUGGAAAUUUCACAACAGGAAGUACGAAAUGUUACUGUGAGGACUACUCUAAGAGAUUUACUUUAG